AGGGUCGGUCUCAGGUGCUCAAUGAAGAUAUCAUUCGCCAAAUUAAGGAAGUUCAUGAUGCAGUCAUUAUAAAUAAACCUGAAACAGUUUCUUUAUCUUUAUCGUCCUUUAAUAUAAUCAACUGGCGUGCAUUUUCCCGCAAAACGGGCAUUAAAAUCGAAUGGCUUGAUAAAGAGUUACCAAAUGAAGCUACAGAUAUUGAAGCUGAUGCCUGUUUGCCCUUCAAUUUGUCUGGUGGUACAGACGUCAUUUUGACCGAGACUGCUGCAUUAAGACUCCCUGAAACUGGAAUACGAGCUGUCAUUGAAUUGAUAAGGGUACACAAAGUUGCUUAA